AUGGCAAAACACUCUCGGGGUAAGAGUCGUGGAUCGUUGUCCAUCUUUUCGCUUGAUGCUAUCCGCUCACGGGGCUGGGCAGGAUCUAGACAAGCCUGUCGGUUGCUAGAGGAUGACGAUCAGCCGAAGAACCUGCAAAUCAAGCCAGACCAAAUGCAUAGCGCAGCUCAGAUGGCAGAUCCUCUUCUUCGACCAUUGUCUCCCACUCCGGCUUCGAGCAUUCUUCAAAUAUCGAAUCUAGGUCCUGUUACUCUUGCCGAACCGGAGGAUAUCGCCGGACCAUGCCGACAAGUCAUCUCAGAUGCACAAAAGCGAAGCUUCUCAGAGCUGAACGAGAAGGAGGUCGAAACCCCUCCUAAGCAUCGACCAUUGUCAUGGCUACCUCCAGGUGAGACUUCUGGUAGACCUUCACACCUGCCCACCAACAACACCGCUUCGACCGUGGACAGAAGCAUGAUCUCUGCCCCUGUUCUUACAAGCACGACCAAUGCAAAAGUUGCCUUGACUGAAGGAGUGCAUUGUGGCAAAAUAACAACGUCUGGCCUUGCAACCUCUUCUUGGCAUCCAAAAUCAGGCUGGGUCGCUACCGAGGAUGCUGAAGACCAUGCUAAAGACCAGGCUACUAAGUUGCAAGAACAGAAGACUAGGGACGGUCAAAUAUUGCUCCCCUCUCAGCAUUCGAACGGAUUCCACAAGAUGUCCAAACGAUCGUCUAAGCGUUCAGCAAGCAUAAAUAAUGCUCUGUCUAAAGUGAAGGAGGCGUUGACGAGCCGUUUGCGACAAGCUAGUGAUCCUCAAACUUAUCGCUCAGUUUUCAGUAGAGAUAAGUUUGUGCGUCUUGGGGAUGAUUGUCAGCCACAGUCUCCUGUCAACGAUAAGCCUGGCCGCAGUGGAACAGAAGUGCAGAAUUUGGGUGCAGACCACAGCAGGGCGCUCAGUGACCGCGGGCAAGUCAAAAGAAAGCCUAUGCAAUGCCAAGGGCAUGAUAUCCAGGAUCCUCCGAAGGAGGGAAAACGUCCGUUCUUGAUUGAAGUGGAUGAUAGUGCUAAGAAUGGUUGCUAUUGCGCAGAUCAAGAACAACACGCAGUGGAUUUUCACUUUGAAGAUCUGGAGACCUCUUUCGCUAAAGCUGUCGAAAAGCUUGACUUCCGCAUCAGGGGAGACAAGGUAUCACUUACUUCAUUAUCAUCCAUUUUUCAGUCAGGAAAAAACAUCUCUGCGCCAAACAAAACGAGAAUUGUACAGCCUACACAGGGUUUAGCUCGUGUGCCCUGUCUUCAACUCCCAGCAAACGCAGGUCACCCUCCACAAACGUUGUCACAAGAUUCGACUUCCAACAAGCUUGCAACAGACCAGCCAAGUAUGGGGCAAUGCGCGAGCUGCGCACUUUCGUGCAGUUUCGGUCAUGCCAAAGCACCAGCAGAGGUCUAUUCCACUCCCUAUCAGAUGGAUCCAGUCCCUAGUCAAGAGCUCGACAAUUCAGAUCGCGCUGCACGUGCAGAACGGAUCUUUUCUCGCGGUCACUUGAAUCCUCUAGCCAGCCAUCCAGAUUUGACAAAAUUCGCAGAGCAACCAAGUCCGACAAUGACUGACCCAGACGUCCCUCCCACUCCGACACCGACUAAGCCAAAGAUUCCUUCGUAUACAGAAACAGCAGGCGUCCAGCUUACACAUACAAAGCCUGAUCUCAACGACUUGGAAGGUGCUCCUAUCUACUCUCCAUCCAUCGGAAGUCUUGGUCAAUACGAUCGAAACACGCCUUCAUCCGCGUCGGCCAGUGCGAACUUUUCAUCCCACAAGCUUGGUGCUGCGAGCAGUCGAAGACCCCUCCUCGAAACUCCUACUAGGCCACCAAGACGUGGUACAGACAGGCGCCACAUGGCUUCGAAGAAUGACCACCAUCGAUCAAGAACAUUUCCAAAUCAGGCAUCCCCAAAUCAAGCAUGGCACGGACCUAACAAGAACGAUGAAAAUCGUGGGUCUCGCCCAGGCAUCAUGCAAGCACGAAACGUCAGUGAUGGAGGUGAAGAGAAAUCGGAAAGAACUCUCGAAACCAGAAACCAAAACCUGAUGAGCGAGACCCAUUGUGUUGGUGACAAGAUUCGGAGCGGCCUUGGCGCCAACACAAGUGCUAGCAGAGCGAUCAUCGAGAGCAGCGACAGGAAUGGGACCGGUUGGAUUUGA